GUGUUGUGUUUUUUGCUCUUUUCAGAUAUCUUUAACUUCUAGGUCUUAUGGUAGUUUGUUUGCAUAGUUUGUUGUUUGGAGUAUUUCACUUGGACUAGAAAACCUGAACUGAAACUGAUCAGUAGAAAUAUAAAACCAAAACUGAAUUGAAAUUACACAUAUAUAUAUGGAUCUAAAUUUUUAUUUUGCCAAAUUUAUGCCUUUUUGAUAUUUAGAAGUAAUAUGAAUGUUAGAUGCAUGUUAGAUUUGGAGUUUAAGACAACUUUUUUUUGUAUAUUUCAGCUUCAUAUAAGUGAUGUUAUCUGCAUAGAGAGAAAACGGUUUGGGCUGGAACAUUUGCGGCCCAUCCUAUAAAUUAAUUGGCACAUUUAAAAGAUUAGUUAGAUUUAUGAAAUUUAAGGCUUUGAGACUUGAGAGACACCAAAACCCUAACGAGGCCGUCUGGAAGCUAGCUCCGCCACCAAAUCAAUGGAGGAAGAAGCGAGAGAAGUGGCGGUGAUCGAUAAAGAUCUGAAGAAGAAGAUAAAGGACACGGUGAAUAAGAUAUUGAAACGAUCGAGUUUGUAUCAGAUAACAGAGGUCAAGGCGCGAGAAGAAGCUUCCUCUGAGCUGGAUCUCGAUCUUUCCAAAGAUCCGUACAAACUCAUCGUGAGAGAGGCAGUGGAGAGGUUCGUCGAGAAGGCGGUGAUGACGAUCGAGAGUGAGAUGGGAAAGCACCAUGCUCAGAUUGUGCAAGACGUUGAAGGAGGAAGCGAGAAAUCGACUAAGAAGAAGAAGAAGAAGAACAAAACGAAGAAGGAAGUGUCGGCUGCUUAGAUUCCGACACUUUCAUUUCAUCUAUGCUGCUGUGGUUUUAGCGUUUUAAUUUGUGUCUUUGUUUGAUUCCAACGAUGAAGGCUGUUCAUUGUUGUAACUCAAGUCGAGCUUUUUAAAAAGCUUAUUAAUUAGUAUAUUAUUAUUCAUCUA